UUUCAAGACGUAUCUGUUUUCUUUUUCCAUUUGUUUAGUUCUUUGAUCACCUGCCGAAGGAUGUCGUGAAGAAAGGCAACAAGGUGAUAUUCGUGUACAGGAACCCCAAGGACGUGGCUGUGUCUUUGUUCCACCACCACAUGAGGAUAAAGCAGUACAACUACACUGGCAGAAAUUUCGCCUCUCACCUUCAGAGGUUCGUGGAUGGUUUGAUAGACAACAACAGUAUAUUCGACUAUCUACGAGAGUGGGAAAGAUGCAUUAAUGCACACCCUGACCUGAAUAUCUGUAUCCUGAGCUACGAAGAUCUGCAGGAGAACACGUUAGCAGAAGUGAAGCGACUGUCCAAGUUCCUGGGCAAGGACUAUGACGACGAGUUCCUCCAGGCAGUCAUCAAAGCCACCAGUUUUGACAACAUGAAGAAGGAGAAGAAGCACAGCUUUACUGACGACAAAGGGACCAUAAUGUUUAGAAAAGGUAAAGUCGGAGACUGGAAAAACUACUUCACAGUGGCUCAGAGCGAAUGGUUUGACCACAUCACCAGGAGCAGGAUGUUGGGUUCCAAACUGUUCAAUUUCAGAUAUGACCUCUGAUUUCGACCACUGUGACCUCUACUUUGACCUUUAUUUGCCGGACUGUUGACUUUGUCCUCUGAGAGCAUUAGCUGUCGGUUGUGACAGCUUUCUUUUGUUGUUGUUGUUGUUGGGGUUGUUGAUGAUGAUGUUGUGGUUGUUAUUGUUGUGAUUG